AGUUGCUGCUGCUUUUACAAUUCUAGGCACGCUUUAUACAGUGCAAUAUUUAUAUAUAGAUGGACAGAACUAUAUUCUAUUGUAUUUUUAAAAAGUCAAAUUGUAGAAAUGAUAUGGUUUUUAUUCGAUAUUCAGGCAAUUUGAGAAGUAGUCAUAGUAAUUCAGAAUCUAGAGCACAUGCUGGUAAAAAGCCUCAGGCAACAUAAUUCUAGAUUAUACAUUCCGUGUGCAUUGCGUAGAUCCAGCAGAGGGCAGCAUAUUCCCCACUGUUUACAUGAACUUUAGUACACUGACAUAGUUUUUAAGCAAUGCCUUGGAAGAUGUCAGAUUUACAAGCUGCUAUUCGGCAAAAACUCAAAGCCGAAAAAAAUUUAUAUUUUUUUAUCUGGUGGAUAAUGGAGUAGUAGUGAGUGGUGUUGUACACUGCUUUAUGUAUAUAUUCCAAAAGUAAUUUAUACUUUAUUACAUGUAACUACUUUUUAAUGCUUUCCAAACCAUUUCCUACAUUUUCUACUACAUAUGUGAGUUAGAUAUCAAAGUUUUGCUGCUUUGCAAUGUUUGGGAGAGUACUAAUAACUAUUAAAGUCCUACAUAGGCUAUGUCAUUCUUUUCUCCACCCCAUACUUUUUGUAAUCUCCAUGUCCUUAUUCUGCAGAACAGAAUGCACAGCUGACAUUACAGUGUAAAUCCUGUACAUAUUUAAGAUACAGGCUGGGGUCAUGUACAUUGAAACGUGGCUUCAGCAGGACACAUAAGUAUACAAGGGAUGACAUUGAAAUAAUGGGCCUGCAAAUCUCAACAAUAGUUUGGAAAUGGCAAGUAAUUAUUCUAAUUUUUUCUUGUAACAAUGGUGAAUCUUCUGAGAACCUUUACUAUUCAGUGUUGGAGGAAGUAGAAGUAGGUACAAUAGUUGGCAAUAUUACAGCUGACUUGGGACUACCAAAAAGUAUUAUGUCUGAACGUAGGAUACGGCUAAUGUCAUCAGGAGGUGGUCAGUAUUUUGCUGUGGACCAACAAAAUGGUGCAUUUCUUGUAAAUCGAACUAUAGAUAGAGAAAGUGUGUGUGGAUCUAGCUUACAAUGUUUUUUGACAGUAGAAGUCGUGCUUGAAAAGCCUUUGGAGUUGUAUAGAGUGGAAGUUGAGAUUUUAGAUAUAAAUGACAAUUCUCCUAUGUUCUCAAGCACAGAGCAGGUAAUAAAAAUAACAGAAAUAUUUGCAUAUCCAGGUACCAGGUUACCUUUACAAGAAGCACAAGACCAAGAUUCUGGCAUCAAUGGGGUUAGACAAUAUAGUUUAAGUCCACACAUUUACUUUUCACUUUAUACAAGAAGCCCAAAUGAUAGUGCUCUCUCUCCAGAGCUGGUCAUAAAUAAGGCUCUAGACAGAGAAGAAAGAGAAGACUAUCACCUCAUUCUCACAGCCUUUGAUGGUGGAGAUCCUCCAAAAUCUGGGACAUCACAAAUAAUGAUCAUUAUUAUAGAUUUCAAUGACAAUGCUCCUAUGUUUCAACAGACAUUUUACAAAAUAAAUGUGACAGAAAAUUCACCUGUGAACACCCCAAUAAUUCAGAUAAAUGCCUCUGACUUGGAUGAGGGUUUGAAUGCUGAAAUAGAAUACUUUUUGGAUGGGCGCACACCCGUCUCCGUCAGACAAUUAUUUUUUCUAGAUCCAGACACAGGCAUUAUUAAAACAAAUGGGACUUUAGAUUUUGAAAGUUCUAACUUUUAUGAGAUAACUGUACGUGCAAAAGACAAAGGAAUACCACAAAUGGAGGGAAGCUGCGUUGUUCAGAUAGUAAUUGAAGAUGUCAAUGAUCACAUGCCAGAGAUAAUGUUAACAUCACUGUUGGGUGAGAUUCCGGAAGAUACCAUUUUAGGAACAACUAUUGGACUUUUUUCUGUACUUGACAUGGAUUCAGGAAAAAAUGGAGAAAUACAACUAGCCCUGUCACCUGAUGGACCAUUUCAAAUAAAAUCAUUCAAGGAUCACUAUGCUUUAACUAUAAGCAACCCCCUUGAUAGAGAAGAUGUUUCUCUUUAUGAAGUUGUCUUGACUGCCACUGAUAUGGGGUCUCCAUCUCUGUCAUCUCAGGUAACAAUUACAGUGAACAUUUCUGAUGUUAAUGAUAAUCCACCACUGUUUCUUAAUCAAGAUUUCAAUACAUUUAUUCAUGAGAACAAUGAACCUGGACAUUUGCUUUUUACAUUAUCUGCUUUGGAUCGAGAUGAAGGGAAUAAUGCCAAAUUUACCUAUUCUAUAGCUGAAUACCAGCUUGGAGGUUUGCCUGUCUCAUCUUUCAUAUCGGUCAACCCAAUAAGUGGAGUUAUUUAUGCCAUGUGUUCAUUUGACUAUGAACAGGUACAUGUUUUAGAAGUCAUUGUACAAGUGGAAGAUAAUGGAGAACCAAAACGCUUUACCAAUGCCACUUUAUGGGUCUUUAUUUUGGAUAUGAAUGAUAACCGUCCAAAAGUAUUAUACCCAAACUUUUAUGGCGAGGUCACCAGCCGUCUAAAUAUAUCUAAGACUGUGCCAGUGGGUCAUUUGGUUACUAAAGUAUCUGCAGUGGACUCAGAUUCAGGUCGCAAUGCGCUGCUAUCAUUUCAUUUUGUGGAUCCUCCUGAUGGUUUCCCUUUCAAUAUAUCCUCAUUUUCGGGAGAAAUAAAAACUGUCAAGAAUUUCUUGUCAACUGAUGAAUCUGAGCAGAAACUUGUAUUGUCUAUCAGUGAUGGGGGUAACCCAUCUCUAUCAAUAACUGUUACACUGCUUGUAGCAUUAGUGAGCAAUGUCGAAAACACCAAAACAUUCCUAUCUCUUCUGUAUUCUGGAAAUAGCACAGACAUAGUGAUGUACCUGGUCAUCUCAUUGGUGGCCAUUACCUUGGCAUUUAUUGUUACUUUAUUGCUAUUGGUAGUAAAAUGUUUUAAAACAGACAUACAUGUGUGCCAGUAUCCUUGCUGGUUUUUAAAUCAGUCCAAUCCAGACAGUAAUGAUGGGACACAACAACCAGGACUUCAUUUCAAUAUGGAUGGCACGCUAAAGUAUUUGGAGGUUAGAACAGAUCCAGCCAACCCAGAAAGCCAGUGCUACAGAACAUAUUUUUCACAAGGAGCAGAAAACAUCAAUCUCCCACUACUGAAGCCUUUUCCAUUUCCUACAAUGGGAGAAAUGUUGAACACAACCAAGCUUACAUAUGUUAGUAACAUGAGAGCUCCUUCCCAGCAGGGGCAACCUAACACGGACUGGCGCUUCACCCAGGCACAGAGACCCGGACCCAGUGGAACACAACAACCCACAGAAGAAGCUGGAGUGUGGCCAAACAACCAGUUUGAAACAGAAAGACUACAAGCAAUGAUCCUGGCAUCAGCAAAUGAAGCUGCUGAAGGAACUUCUGCUAUCGGAGGAGGAACAAAUACAAUGGGUCUUAGUGCACGCUAUGGACCACAGUUCACACUACAACAUGUCCCAGACUACAGACAAAAUAUCUACAUUCCAGGAACAACAUCAACACUCACUAAUGCUGCUGGGAAACGGGAUGGCAAAGCAGGAGCACCGUCAGGAAACAAGAAGAAAUCUGGUAAAAAGGAGAAGAAAUGAAAAUAUAAAUCCCAUAAAAACAUCCUCAGAAAAAAUAUCAGAGUGAUGUUCAAUGUCUUAUCUACAAAGGAAGAGAGUGUUAGAGUGUUGGUUGUAUCUGUUAUCACCAGAGCUAGUAGCAGGGUGCUCUCUGCUAUUAGAGCUUAUGAUGAGAAUAAUAGUAUGGACACUGGAUAUCUGAGCCCUAUCAAAAUGCGCCAAAAUUUUCUAUUGGCCAGGUUAUUCUAUUUUGCAAAGUCAUUUCUUAAGCAAUGAUAUUCACUUUUUACAUAGAAAUAGAAUUCAGCCUUGCUGGUAGAAUUCUGCAUCCUUAUGGAAAUUCUUCCGAUGUAUAUAUGUAUUGCUAAAUAGUUAUUUAUAAUUUUUCAGCAUCAGAGAAGUAUGCUUUAAUCUUUGUUAACCCACAUGGCAUUUUUUUGAAGAUGAACAAUAAAAAAAAAUGAUGAUAUUUAGUUUUAGAAUUUAGGUUCAAUUUUAUUUUAGUAGAGAGAUUUUCUUUCUCUGAGUUUUCCUGUAAAGAAUGUUAUGACACCUGAAAUAAUGGAAAUAUAAAAAUAAUAAAAACAAAACAAUUUAUUUGUGGCUUAGAAAAAAUUAAGAACCUGAUUAAAAAUAUAGCAUGGCUACAAAAAUAACGAAUGCCAGUGUCUUGUCCAUUUUGGUAAGAUUAAUUAAGCUUUUCAAAUUUCUUGGAAAUGUUCCAAGAACAUGGUAGAAUCCAGAAGACCUGCAAUACUGUAAGUCACAAUGUGGAAAGUGGACAGGAUUAUGAUUAUUCUCAGCUCUUAAAGAGCAAUUUUUUUAAUUGUUGCACCAAGGAAUGCAUGUUCAAUAAUUACUUUCAGUCAACAAUUCUAUAGGUUUGUCUUCCUUCUGCAUGUACUGUACGUACCCAGCAUGGAUUGUAUGCAUUCUUUAUAUAGAAUGAUAAAAGAGUGAGCCCGUUUAAUGCAGGCCAGUUGUUUUCAAUUAGCCAUUUUGACCAAAAAUAAUUGUAAUAAAGAUUGACAUGAAGGGUUUUCUGACUUUCAUCACUACCUGACCAGUAGUGGCCCCACACCCUACACCCUGCAGUAGCACAAUGUCGGGACUCAAAGCCAGAACUCCACAGCUCCAUCUAUUAUGCAGUGGACAGAGUUGUAACUGCAGCACUGUGGUAACCAGCUCCAUCUCUUGUGCCGCGAGUAGAGCUAUGUAGUUCCAUUGCAAGUUCUGAUGUCAGAGUUACUGCUUAACUGUUGAUCAGUGGGGAUGCUUGCUGUCGGGUCUUGUUUGGAUAACCCAUUAAAGUAAGUCACAUUGAAGACAUUUUACAUAAAGCGUCAAUAUAUAAAUAAAAAUAAUGAAAAAGCAAAAUGGGCACCACAAAAACAGAAUGAUGCUAAAUUCUAAUUGAAAUUCGCUUCAUGUCUUACAAAUCUUUAAUAGUUAUAAUGACACUGGCAAAAAUGAAAAUAAAUACAGAUAAUUUUUCUUUUAUUAUUUCACAUUUCCAGGUGAUCAUUUCUUUGUGAUUUUUUUAUUUAUUGUUAUACAUGUGAUAAUAUGGUAGCUGCUAAGAUCCUGUGGCAGAUGCUUUUUUCGUAAUGAUUUUUUGGGGAUAUCUUUCACAUAUAUUACAAUAUCUUUUCACUGAGCAAAAAGGGCAACGAUUAUUGAUUUUUGCAAUAGAUAUGAGAAAAUAUGAAUUUUUGUAUUCACUAUUGCUUGAAUUUCUGUUCUGGGAAUUUUGUAGGCAGAUAAGAAUUUCUGAUGCCUUGAGCAGUGAAGCGUUGUAUCUUGUGCUUGCUGCUUUACAAUGAUAACAGCACUAAUUACAGUUAUAUGAUAUUAAAGCAUUAUACACUAACCUCUGCAUACUAUGCCAAUGUCCUGUAUGGUCAGGAUGCAACCACUAUUUCACCCUCUACCUGGGUAUCACAAUAACCUUUUUCAGAGCUUGUAACUCUAUUCAAUAGGGCAGUCACACAAGUUGUUUAGUAGUAGGUGAUUUUUUUUAUUUAUUUUUUAGUUCUUUACUUUAUAACAAAACCUUCAUUGUAGUAUAGGUGGUAUUGUAAUAUAGUAAUCACGUGAUCCUUCCACACCUGUAUAUAACUUGUGGGCUGCAGUACUUUAAUUCCUCCUGUAUCUUUCUGUGUGGUUUGUGAUAUAAAUGUACAUUCAAUUUAAUUCAUCUGUCUUUUCAUUGUGUCUAUUUCUGACCUGUACUUUAUUAUUAGAAUAUUCUUUCACCCUUCUUAUACCAGUAUAGACUAAUGUCAAUGUAUUACACUCAAGUUUUAUACAAUAAUAUUUAUAUUGCUUUUUGUUUCUUUGAAGAAAGAGAAAAAAAAAUCAAAUAAAAUGUUUUCUUCCAAA